GGGACCGGUGACGGGGGGUGGGGUGGGGUGGGGUGGGCAGGGUCUGGCACAGGAGCCUCACGUGACGAUCUCGGCCGGCCGGGUGGUUUCAGACACGCCGGGGCUCGGAGCGAGCAAGUCGGCAGCAGGGAGAUCUCCAGCCUGCUUCCCCAGAGAGUGGAAACCCAGCAUUGGAACACGGUGCGUCAGACUUUGGGAAAACGACCAUGGCUGAGCCAGAUUAUAUCGACGAUGAAGAGUGUGCAGAACUCAUCAAACCCAGGAAGCUGGUCAAUCCUGUCAAGUCAUCAAAGACUCAUAAGGACCUUCACAGGGAACUGAUCAUUAACCAGAAAAGGGGCAUCGCACCUCACAACAAACCAGAGCUGCAGCGAGUGAUGGAGCAGAGGAAGUGGGACCAAGUGGUCAAACAGAGGAAAGAGGAAGAGGCUCUGAAGAAAUCCGACCUGGAGCAAGAGUUAAUGAAGCGGCAGCAGAGGCUGGACCAGUUUGAACAGGAGAAGCUGGAUGCCAAAGAGAGAGAUGAAAAUGCACCGGAAUUCGUGAAGAUGAAAGGCAACCUGCGGCGGACCCGGCAGGAGGAAAGCACGGAUGUGCAGGUGUCCUAGAGAAGGGCACGGCUGUGGGAUUCUGCAGAGCGGUUCCGAGGAGCCGACUCUUUGGCUUCAGCUUAGCAACAGACUCUGGCAGCUCGAGCUUUCCAGCAUGUGCCUCCCCUACCUCACUGCCCUCUCCACCCUGUACACGUCCCACACUGACGGUGAGCAGCAGCGUCGAUGACUGACUGCAGUGUGGGAGUACACACAAACUGAUUUGAUGCAAGGGGGGGGGAGACCAGGAGCACUGGUGGACUUCAUUUCCAGAAACGUGAGCUAACAACAAACGAAAAGGGACCACCCAGAAGCAGACUGAAACAUUGUCUAGCUGCCGUCUAGACUGUUCUUGGGUGGGAAAUUCGACUUUGCAAAUAGUGGACCUGUAAUAAAAUGUUGGUGCAUUCACAUCCGAUCACCGAUCAGUGGGGAAGAGAUCGGGUGGGCUGGAAACGCACUGUCUAUUGGCCCUGCCACCAAAGUCGAAUUUCACCCCUGGUCAGAUCCUUAUUUACUCUGGGAUGUUGCAAUGGGGACCACCUUUGGGAAUGUGAGCUUAGAAAUUGCCAUCAGCAGGAGGCAUGUCUCUCCCCUGUAGAGUGUUCCUCUUUGGCCACUGCCUCUAAAGCCACACAAGGUCCUUGGUUAACGACCCACGUCCGUUAAACUCCGUGUUCAGGAUGCUCGGGGGAGACGCUCUCGGUACAGCCAAGAGCACACAGGUGCAAUACCAUUGACCAGCAGAUGAGCUUCCCCUGUGUCAACACAUUGAAGUUAACCAGGUUAAUAGAUGGAUAUGUUAACUCUCCCACUGAUAUCAGCGAUAGUCAUUUCUAAGCUUUAGUUACAGGAUAAUGGGGUUUGGUAAGGUCCAUCAACACUGCCCUGCCUAUCAUCCUACCUCGGAGGGUCCCAGAGCCAGUGCAAAAUAACCCGUGUGGAUAAGUUUCUGACACCAUCUGUGAAUCUAAUAAUAUGCAAAACAAGGAUCCUUCCUGCUUCACUGAAUAUCCUUCUGGAUUUGGAUAUCUGGAUCGGUGAUUGUGCAUUCCUAAUUUUGAUAAGUAUUUUUGAUUUUUUUUAUAUUGUUUGCAAUGUGUCUCAACAAAUUCUAUAAAAAUUUGUGCUGAUUUAAUACUGGUAACUGAUUUAUAUUUUGUCAUUCUGAUGUGUAGGAAAUGCCUAGUAUUUUGUAAUACUGAGUUCACCUUGUUUAUCCAUUAUCUCUGCAUCAUAACUCUGCACAGUGUUACAGUGAGAAGUGGUUCUGAUGCUCUAACGGUGACAAUUAAAAGGUUGACGUGCCAUUUUGUGGAAUCUAUUUUGGCGUGAUUCAGUAGGUGUUGGACUACAUGUUGUGGCGAGAUGGGAGUGAUACAGAAACUGUGGAAGGGUGUUAAACAAACAGUUUUUUAAAAAAAAUGCCUUCAGGAUCAAGUUGGUAUAUGUCACGUUUUUAACUUUGGGUCAAUUAUUAUUCAUUAUUGUAAUCCAGUUGUAAUUGUCAAAUUGUCGGUUAGUGCUGUGUGAUCAUAUUGGUAUUCUUGGAAUUUGUUGAUGUAUUAAUGUCCUGCAUAAAGCUUUGCAUCACACCUUAAAAUGAGCAGAAGACAUAUUGCGCUUCUGACAUUUGGCUGUUCUGUUACCCCUCACUGGAAAAUUACUUCAAGGCCAGAUUACGCUGUGGAACUCUUGGUGAACAUUACUGUGUUAACUGAGGCAUCUGGAGUAAAAUCUGACCGGGAUUGAUCAACCUGAUUGCCUCUAUUUUGUACUAAAUUGGGUGACUUUUGUUUAUCUGCUCACUAUCAGUGACAGUAAUGGUUUGGUGUACGGUGCACCGUUGCAGUACCUCGAAGCACCAGGACUUAAGUCUGGGGAAACCCAUUCACCAUGGGUUGUCUUCCUGUAAACAUGUUGCUUAAAUAAAGAAACAAAACAAUG